UAGGCUAUAUCUGGAGCAGAAAGCUCCGUACCAUCUAAGUACUGCACUGCUGGAACGACAGCAGCCCAGUGCACGAAAAAAGCAUGACCUCGUCUCAGAGCUUAGCGCUAGCAGUUCUCUUCAGCUUCCUCUCGUGCAAUGCAUCCCUAGCUUCCUCCGAUGGCUUCCUGCAAUGCCUCUCGGCAGCCAUACCGGAGCAGCUCUUGUACACGCAGAGCUCGCCUUCGUUCACGUCAGUCCUCGUCUCCUCCAUCCAAAACCCCAAGUUCAUCACGCCUAGCACGGUGAGGCCGCUCGUCAUCAUCGCACCGACGAAUGCCUCCCACGUCCAGGCCACCGUUGUCUGCGGCCGCCAGAACGACGUGCGCAUCCGCGUGCGCAGCGGCGGGCACGACUAUGAGGGCCUCUCGUACCGGUCCAAGCGCCCCGAGGUGUUCGCCGUCGUGGACUUGGCAACCCUCCGCUCCGUGAGCGUCGACCAGAAGGCAGCCACCGCGUGGGUGGACUCCGGCACGACGAUCGGGGAGCUGUACUACGCAAUUUCGAAGGCAAGCAUCCUGCUGGCUUUCCCGGCCGGUCUGUGCCCGACGACCGGCGUGGGCGGUCAUUUCAGCGGCGGCGGAUUAGGCAUGCUGCUUCGAAAGUACGGCGCCGCCAUGGACAACGUCCUAGACGCCACGUUGGUGGACGCCAAGGGGAGGCUCCUGGAUAAACAGACCAUGGGGACGGACGUAUUCUGGGCUAUCCGCGGCGGUGGCGGCCAGAGCUUCGGCAUCGUGCUGUCGUGGAAGGUGAAGCUCGUGCCCGUCCCGCCGACGGUGACAAUGUUCAGCAUCCUCAAGUCCGUCAACGAGGGUGCUAUAAACAUCCUCACCAAGUGGCAAGAAGUUGCCCCAGCUCUUCCCGAAGAUCUUUUCAUAAUGGCGAUCAUCAAGAAACAGGUGGCUAAGUUCCAAUCCAUGUACCUGGGCACCUGCGACACGCUCCUGCUUUUGAUGGGAACCCGCUUCCCCGAGCUCGGCCUGAACCAGACGCACUGCAAGGAGAUGACAUGGAUUCAGUCAGUUCCCUACAUCUAUCUGGGCAACACCGCGACUGUGGAGGACAUCCUAAACCGGACAACAUCCAUGAACAGCUUCAGCAAGGCCACCUCCGACUACGUCCGUCAGGCCAUCCCCAAGGACACGUGGGUGCAGAUCUUCACCUGGCUCGCCAAGCCAGAAGCUGGGAUAAUGAUCAUGGACCCUUAUGGCGGGAAGAUGAGCAGCUUCCCAGAGUCGGCGACACCGUUCCCUCACCGUGGUGGCGUGCUGUACAACAUCCAGUACAUGAAUUUCUGGUCAGCCGCCACGGACGGAUCGGCGCGGACGAAGUGGCUCAAAGACUUCUACACGUUCAUGGCGCCGUAUGUAAGCCAGAACCCGAGGGAGGCCUAUGUAAACUACAGAGACCUUGACCUGGGCGAGAAUGUCGUGGUGGGCAAUGUCACCAGCUACCAGGCCGGUCAGGUUUGGGGCCAGAAGUACUACAAGGGUAACUUCCAGAGGCUGGCGAUGGCGAAGGGUGAGGUGGAUCCUGACGACUACUUCAGGAACGAACAGAGCAUCCCACCACUUGUGGCGAGCAAGUGACAAUGAAACUA